CCAGCAUCUGGGGGGAGAAAAGGUAAAUUGUUGUUAAAAUGCUAAGUAUUGUCACUGUAAUUGCAGCUUCAAUUUUAUUUGCAGGGGAGGGGGCAGAGGGGGGUAUCUUUUAUAAUAUAUUCUGAACCCUAAAACACAACCUUGGAUUCAAAAAUGUAUAUAAUCAAAGGGCUGCCAUGAAUUGCAAAGAAGAUGUUUGUAAUCAGAACAGUGCUUGUGGUUUACAGUGUCACCAAAGAUCCUGAAUAGAAUUACUUUCUUGGAGCUCGUGAGUCCAUCAGCCCAUCUGUGUACUCUCUGUAUAAUGUGGUUUCAGCCAUGUUCGUAUGCAAUUUGUGGUUUUCCCAACUCUCUCCCUCUCUCUCUAAGUAUGAAAAUAUACAGUAAAGGAAUGUCAGAUGGAAUGGCUGUUCGAAAUGCUGAGAUCCUCUUCUUGCUAUUGACUCUUAUCCAGCCCUUCAUCCUUCUGAGCUUCCCACAAAGUAUAGGCUACACGUCAAACACGUUAGGAUAUUUGAGGGAGAGUUGGGAAAUAUCACCAGAACAACUACGGUAUAUCCUUACAGAAUAAAGAAGCGGAGGAGGAAAAGAUCUUAUUCCUAGACAACAAAGAGCCAAUUCGUAUGUCACAUCUAGGGUCACUGUCGGUUGUCCUGGAGUCCCUUCUCAGAUCAUCUCAUCGUAGGAUUCUAAAGUCCAUGUGACUUUCAACUUUGUUCCUGAUGCUAUAGAAUGCGAUCUGGCUCCUUCCUGCCCCGACUGGAGAGCUGUUUCUGUGCGCUACCAAAUGUCAGUGGAAAACCUUUCAAGAGUUGUUUUUUGUUUUUUUUCUAGUGUGCUAAAAAAACUGAUACACUCCUGAACCACUCUUCAGAGAAGCAGGUGAUUUUUGCCAACCAUGUCACUGGGUGAAUGGGUGUCACAGCUCUCCGACCCUCUGGGCCUUUGUUACUAGUCCCCCUUGGGAUUGCUGAUCUGCAACGUUAAUGUUGAGUGUGCUGUGUUUCAAGGUGUUAAGGAAAAUGCAGAGACGGCACAGCAGCAACACUGAUAGCCUUCCUCCGGAAAGAAGCCGGAGUCAGACGGUCAGUUCUGAGACCAGCGUGGAUGAAGGUGGAGUUUUCGAAGGUUUGAAGGCUGAAACUCCCUCACCCCAGCAGCUUUUCUCAGGGCUGGCAGGCAUCCCAUCUGGUACCAUCCCAACUACCCCGUUCCAGUCAGGUUUGGUCCUGGGUUCCUCAGCAGGAGGCGGGGAUGUGUUCAUUCAGAUGCCAGCCCCAAGGGAAGAAGGGGCCAGCCGAACAGAAGGAGCUCCGUUCCACCACCGUCAGCAGCCCCAUCACUAUCACCAUGGCCACCAUCGGGGAUCCUCUUUGCUGCACAUGGCUAGUGGAGACCGCCACGGACACGCAGAAGACAAUCCUGAGGACCAGCCUGGGACUCCUGCCCCUGCCCUCUCGGAGCUGAAGGCUGUGAUCUGCUGGCUCCAGAAGGGGCUUCCCUUCAUCCUGAUACUCCUGGCUAAAGUUUGUUUCCAGCAUAAGCUUGGGAUUGCUGUGUGCAUUGGUAUGGCCAGCACAUUUGCAUAUGCUAAUUCAACUCUCCGAGAACAGGUCUCUUUGAAGGAGAAGAGGUCGGUGCUGAUUGUCUUCUGGAUCCUGGCUUUCCUCCUGGGGAAUACCUUAUACUUGCUUUACACUUUCAGCUCCCAGCAGCUAUACAACAGCCUGAUAUUUCUGAAACCCAACCUGGAGAGUCUGGAUUUCUUUGACCUGAUGUGGACUGUGGGGAUCACGGACUUCGUACUGAAGUAUCUCACCAUCUCUUUGAAAUGCCUGGUCGUUGCCCUGCCUAAAAUCAUUCUGGCUGUCAAGUCAAAGGGGAAGUUUUAUUUGGUUAUUGAAGAGCUGAGCCAGCUGUUCCGUUCGCUUGUCCCCAUCCAGUUGUGGUACAAAUACAUCAUGGGGGAUGAUGCAUCCAGCAGCUAUUUCCUAGGAGGGAUCCUGAUCAUACUGUAUAGUCUCUGCAAGUCUUUUGACAUCUGUGGCCGUGUGGGGAGUGUCCGGAAGGCACUGAAGGUCCUUUGCACCCCUCAGACCUAUGGAGUCCGUGCAACCAGCCAGCAGUGCAGUGAGGCUGGAGACAUCUGUGCUAUUUGCCAAGUGGAGUUCAGGGAACCUUUGAUCCUUAUGUGCCAGCAUGUGUUUUGUGAAGAGUGCCUCUGCCUGUGGUUUGACAGGGAGAAGACCUGUCCUCUUUGUCGGUCCAUCGCAGUGGAGACUCUGCGCUGUUGGAAAGAUGGCACUACCUCAGCUCACUUCCAGGUUUAUUAACCCCAACACGUAUCAGGAUGACCUGUGAGCAGACAGAAGAAAAAGCUGGGAAACUCCUUGCUUCCAAGUAUUUAGUGGGUUGUUGUCUCGGUCUUUCACACAGCUCUCUCUCUCCAUCCAACCGGGGGAGUAGGCUGGCAUGUUGUUACAUCUCUAGCAGGGAUCAGUCCAUUAGCAUGAAGAGCCUUCUAAGGAGAGGGAAGGGGAGUGGGUUUUCAGUGCUUCAGAGUCAGAAUCCAUCCCUGCCACUCUUCACUGCUAACUUGGGCCUGAGGUCCUUGCUUGAACUUGCUGUCUACAGCACAAAUUACUCCAGGCUGGCUCCUCUUUGUCUAUUCUCUCGGUGUACAUAAAUGUCGUGUUUUUAGGGAAAACAUGAUGAGAGUUUCCCAUUAUAUGUGUGUAGUCCAUAAUAUUAGAGGAAAGCUUUCCUCAGCUGACUCGUGAGAGGACAGCAGACUGGAGUUAUGUCAUUAAACCAGCCUCCUGACUCCCCAGAAUCUGUCAUCAUAAAGUUACAUUGCCAUUAUUGUAUUACCUGGGGAAACAUGUCAGAGUCACUGCUUCAGUACCACUGGUUCAGAGGUUCAUUUAGGGUUCUGGGAGCGGUCGGUGGCCGAUAGCCCUGUUGUUGUCAUUGAUACCAUAAAACACAUGGGUUGCCAUCUUGAUCUUUAUGAAACCUCAAGAAAAAUAGCAGAGGGCCAUAUUAAAGAGACUAAGAGGGGGUGGCAUUUUCUCAGCUUUGAAAUGUUUCAUCUUUAAUGUUCAUGGUUGGAUUAUCUGCUUCCUCUGCAAGUGGGAGAGCUUGGAGAGGUGGGGAGAGAUUAAAGCCAGGUCUGAAUUUUAUUACAAAAGUUCAAGUGCUAAUUGAAGGCCAUGUAAAGAGAUGGUUUUCUCAAACCCAGCCCACAAACUGUAUAGAGUUCAUUUAAAAAAAAAAAAGGCACCUCAUGGUGUUUCCUGGGGAUUGGCGUUAUUAAAAAACAAAAUGGGAAUCCAAUAACAUAUAAUUUAACUCAAAACUUUCUUCCUAGGCUUGGCUGCUCCGAAGGCUCCUCUCUCAGGGCUGCUCAGCCCAAACCUUAGAUCCUCUCUCUCUAGGGAGUCAGCAGAAUCCACCUCAUUGUUUCCUAGCAGGAUUGAUGCCUGCUAACAGGGUGGAGUGUUGCAUGCAAAUGCUACCAGUGUGAUACAGACAUAAAGAAUUUGGAUUCUUUCGAGCUUCAUUUGAGAUGCCCAAAGAUGAUCCUAUAGCUCAUCUUAAGAUUUCUCCUAGAUCUAGGGUGUGUAUCUGGAUGUGGCCAGCCUGCCUGCAAACAGACAAUAUUUCGAAAUCCCCUAUCGUGGUGACAACUCCUCUAAUAAAAGCGAUCAGUGGCCCCCUCCUUCUAUGAGGAUUGUGUGAAAUAGAUGCAGGGUGCAUUUUACUUGAGAGGUUGUUCAUUAUGAGGACCUUGCAGUCGGGUUCCACCAUCCUGGGUAGACUGGGACAAACUUUCUCUAUUGAUAAACCCCAUCUCGCCUAAACAAGCAAAUGCCUCGGCUUCAGAAAACGCUUUUCAAGGACAGCGGCUUGUACCCUUAAUAGGCAAAUGAACAGACUAGAUGCUGGAGUAGCACAAGUCUGUAUUCUGCUGUCACAGUGUCUGUCGAGAAUCUUACGCUGGCACUAGGAUGCCAGUGGAUUUGAUGUUUGUUCACUGGCUCUCGAGCUGGAGCUCUCUCUUUCGCUAGACGAUUUACUUUUUGCCGAACGCACGGAGAAAUGGCCUCAUUAAGCAAUCAUGGCAUCUUCCAUGCUCAUUACUAUGGAAAUGGCCGUAAGGUUACAAUCCCACUUGACUGGAUAAUCAAGCAGGAGGAACUGUACCUCAGGGAAACAGGGUGGCACGUGUGUAUUGGUUGCUUUCCUCCCCUCCUACUGUAAAGCCUCCUUGGGGGGAAAAUUAAAGCAAACAGGAGCUAAUGGCAACUGGGUUUUGUCUUAACUUUCCUUGGAAAAAAUAGGACAAAGGAGAAAUGAUGGAGGCAGAAUCUGAAUCAAACCUGAAUUAAGAGAGAGAUAGGAUGAAGGGAGAGGAGAAGAGGCUUUGCCCCACAAAAUGAGGUGAGGUGCCUUUGUUAAAAGCCUCUUUAGAAAGGCAUGGACUAAGCCGAACAGUCCUCUGGUUGUCUCCAAAGGAAAGGUCUCUUAGAUUCUGUAGGAAACAGGAGAGAUUUCCAACUGGCAUAAAAUUUCGACAUGUGAAUCAUAGCCUGGGUGAACCUUUAUCUGGGUGGAAUGGCAAAUUGCUGACUCUGCAAGGAAGCACAGGUGAAUGUAGAAUGAAUGGGUUCAGUUCUGUGUGGAAUACCAUGGAGUGAAACUGAUAGGUUAAUGUGUAGCUUCUGCUUUCUAGAGUCUCAAGGCUGUUCUGAAAACCUGGUUCCAAGUAGGAGUGACUAUUUCUUUGCUUGCCUUUAGGAACUACUGCAAAAAUCAGCGUUGUGGGGAAUGAUGGUGAAGUGUAUCAAAAUGUUAAUAGGAGAAAGAUUAAAACUACUGAAGGCAUUUGA